GAGAAAGAAAGAGAGAUGAAGAUAAUUCAAGAGGUGAAUUGUGGGAAAAGAGGGGGAAGAAUGAACGAUAAGGUACGGAAAGUGACGAACAAAAAACUUUCCUCUCGAUACUACGGCAAACUCAUGCAAUCGUAUGUAUGAACGGUAGCUUAAAUGGUACCUGCGUUAUUCUCGCGUUGUAUUCGCGCCAUCGUUGUGCAUUCGUUCUUCAUCCGUUUUAUAAUUUUUAAUGUAAAAGGCGCAUAAGUGUAUUUUUUGUGUUUUUACCAAAUAACUUUUUAGCAAAUAAUCUUUUGUUGAAGAUAAUAAAAAAAGUGACGUGUCAUACAUAUACGUGAGAAUUAUUGUUUUGAGCGGAAACAAGUGGGAUCCACCGAGAGUUCGCCAUUUUUGUGAUUUUCAUCUGUCGCGUUUUAGGCGGUCAACGAACUUCGAAUUAAAAAAAAAAAGAAAAAACCUAGUUCUCCAUAUUCUAUUACUAUCUACUUUUAAGAUAGAAAUGAAAAAUAAAAAAUCAUAAGUAAUAUUGCUGUUUACACAUUGUAACUUAUCGCUCUGUUUGAAAAAUUGUAAUGAAACAUAUUUAAGAUAAGUAAUAUCGAAGAUAAAGGCUUACUAUUUAAAGAAUACAUAAAAAUUAAUUGUUUUUAUUGGAUUGAUAUAAUUUUAUCAUAUAUAUAUCCUCAUAAAUAAUUUAUUCGUUUGAAGAUAGACAAAUAUCAAAAUAUUUACAUCCAAGGAUCAUUGGUAUAUUUGCGACAUGAAUUGAGUAUGCCACUUUUCAAAGUGCGUGCCCCAACAAGUCCGCCGUUGAGCGAGAAGAAAAUUAACGGUAUGCAUCAGCAUCGUCAGCGUAAUCAGCAAACCAGUGAUAACGAUCACGAGAACGCCGGUAUGAACGGAACGAAUAGUAGAGAAGGCAAUAUUUCUCGCCAAUCGCAAGAACAUCGUUUGCAACGAGUUUCUCAGUCACCAUUGGUUUUCCAUUGUCAAUUGGCACAUGGCAGUCCCACGGGCCUUAUAUCUGGAUUCAGUAAUGUCAGGGAACUUUAUCAAAAGAUAGCCGAAUGUUAUGAUAUUCCAUCGGAAGAAAUUCUAUUUUGCACGUUGAACACAUAUAAGGUGGAAAUGUCCGAAUUACUAGGCGGUCAAAUCGGUGUGGGUGAUUUCAUAUAUGCACACAGAAAAGGCAGACCCAAAGAAAUCGAAUUAAUGAAAACGGAUGUUGCUUUGGGACUUACUAUUACCGAUAAUGGAGCUGGGUACGCUUUUAUAAAACGUAUAAAGGAAGGAUCCGUAAUAGAUAAAAUAAAAGUCAUAGAGGUCGGCGAUCAUAUCGAGAAAAUCGAUUCAGUGAGUUUGAUUGGUAAAAGACACUUUGAUGUAGCCAAAAUGUUAAAAGAUAUACCCAAGGGAACAACAUUUAUCUUAAGAUUAAUCGAACCACAAAAAACCGGCUUUGGAAAUAUCGGACCACGAGGAGAUUUGAAAAAAGGGAAAAAGUCUGGUUACGGUUCCGGUAAGGAAACAUUAAGGUUCAAAGCAGAUGGAAGUGCUCAAGUUGUACAGACUGUAGUAGAUGAUAUUGCAACGAUUGCAAUAGAAAAAAUCAAUACAAUAUUAGAAAAUUUCAUGGGAAUUUACGAUACUGAAUUAGCUACGCAAAUUUGGGAACUUGCCGAAGGUAAAUUCAACAGUAUUGAUUUUGCUGAAGCGAUAGAUAAUUCUGAUUUGGAAGCUUUCGGAUUUACAGAUGAUUUUGUCAUUGAAUUGUGGGGGGCAGUUACAGACGCUAGAGCUAGACGACAUCGAUAAUGUCAAAAUAUAAUCAUUAAAUAAAUACUUCCAAAAUAAAAAUUUGGAAGAAUUUGUACGAGAAAUGUAUUAACGUAUAGAAGAUAUUUUUUUUGUAUAAUAACAUUUAACGUUUGUAUUACGUAAAUUAAGCUGUACAGAGAACUGUAUUAUAUUACAUAUAUUGCAUAAUGCACUUUAUAAUCAUCAUCAUUUCUACGUAAACAAUACCUGAGAGAGAAUUUUCUUCAUGUCUCAUUAUUGUCUGCCGGUAUGCUAUGAUUCGUAUGCAAUAAUCAUAUUGGCAUGUCUGUAUAUACCUUAUCGAUAAAAGGUUAUUCAUUGUAAAACUCAAUUGUUCAAUAAAAUUUCUCUAUAUCGUUUUCUGAAA